GGCCUUCUCCGAGGCUCUGCGGCCGCCCCCGGGAGACAGCGUCCGCUCACCCACCGGCCAGGGCUCUGCUAGGAAGAGUCUUGCCUUUUUUUUUUUUUUUUUCUUUAAAGUCUUUCCCCUCCUCCUGUCUUGUUUUGGAGUCUUUUUCUCCAUCGUAGUCUUGUCCUUAACUUGGGUUCUUAUCUGGCCGGAUAGUAAUAUUUUCUUAUGUGCUUCUUGCUUGCCCCCCCUCCACCCCCCGCCCCUUGUAUGGAACAGCGUAUCCCUUUUCCACACUUUCCAGGAUUGCCCCUGCCUGCUUCACUGCCUUUACGCCCUUCCCUUGUAAGUGGGCUUCUCUUAAACAGGACCCCCCAAAACUUAUGUAUUAAAACCCUCUUCGUUUUAUAAGUUAAACUAACACAGGGGUAGUUUCCUUAUGGGUGACUUCAGAUCUUUGUGUAAAAACAGUGUUUGCCAGUUCAUAUGUUUUCUUUUUAAACUUUGAAAACAUUUUGCCAUUUUGACAAUUUCUAGCCAUCUUGCUUUUAUUAGAACAUUAUGUUUUUGUGAGAGUGGAGGGGCUAGUGGAGGAGGUACUGUGGUUUCGCACUAAACGUUCUAUAUUUGUCAGUUUUGCUUACGUUUUAAGAAUGUUUUGAGCUGGCUGUUCCUUUUAUUGAACUGAAAAGUGUGGGGAAGCUGGAAUUAGGGAUGUUCUAGUAUGUAUAUGUAGGUCGGCCCAAAUCGGAUAACACCCAAUAGUUAAGACUUUUUGUCAAAAGUACCAACUGUUGCAAAUAUCUAGUCCUGAAUUAAACGAUAUCCGAGCUUCGUGAAUGACUUUAAGUUGGAGUGACUUUUUCAUUUUUCUUGUGCUGUGGGAAAUAUUAAGUCUAUCAUAGGCCGACCUGACAGGAAUUAAGUGGAAAAGAUAUGUAUGGCAAGGCCCAACUUCUGCCCCUAUUCUGUUUCCGGUGACAGAAGAAGACCCCAUUUUGAGCAGUUUUAGUCGAUGCCUUAAGGCAGAUGUACUCGGUGUUUGGCGGCGAGAUCAAAGACCUGGAAGAAGAGAAUUGUGGAUAUUUUGGUGGGGUAAAGAUCCCAAUUUUGCUGACCUUAUUCACCAUGACUUAUCAGAAGAGGAAGAUGGAGUAUGGGAGAAUGGCCUUUCCUAUGAAUGCCGUACUUUGCUUUUCAAAGCAGUUCACAAUCUGUUAGAACGAUGUUUAAUGAACCGAAACUUUGUACGAAUUGGCAAGUGGUUUGUGAAGCCAUAUGAGAAAGAUGAAAAACCUAUAAAUAAAAGUGAACACUUGUCCUGCUCUUUCACCUUUUUCUUGCAUGGAGACAGCAAUGUUUGUACCAGUGUGGAAAUUAACCAACAUCAACCUGUGUACCUUCUCAGUGAAGAGCAUGUCACCCUUGCUCAGCAGUCUAAUAGCCCAUUUCAAGUUAUCUUAAGUCCAUUUGGACUAAAUGGCACUCUCACGGGACAGGCUUUCAAGAUGUCUGAUUCAGCUACGAAAAAAUUAAUUGGUGAAUGGAAACAGUUCUAUCCUAUUUCAUGUGGUUUGAAGGAGAUGUCUGAAGAAAAACAGGAAGACAUGGAUUGGGAAGAUGAUUCUUUAGCUGCAGUAGAAGUUCUUGUUGCGGGUGUCCGAAUGAUCUACCCAGCAUGUUUUGUUCUAGUCCCUCAAUCAGACAUUCCUACCCCUAGUUCUGUGGGAUCCUCUCACUGUUCAGCUUCCUGCUUGGGUAUCCAUCAAGUGCCUGCUUCCACAAGAGAUCCUGCUAUGUCUUCAGUUACUCUCACUCCACCCACAUCUCCUGAGGAAGUCCAAUCAGUUGAUCCUCAGUCUGCACAGAAGUGGGUCAAAUUUUCUUCAGUAUCCGAUGGCUUCAGCACUGACAGUACUAGCCAUCAUGGUGGGAAAAUACCAAGAAAAUUAGCAAAUCAUGUGGUGGAUCGAGUCUGGCAAGAAUGUAAUAUGAACAGAUUACAGAACAAGAGGAAGUAUUCUGCUACAUCCAGUGGCCUGUGUGAAGAAGAGACAGCUGAUAAAAUAGGAAGCUGGGACUUUGUUGAAGCCACACAAAGAACAAGCUGUAGUUGUUUGAGGCAUAAAAGUCUUAAAACAAGAAAUACUGGGCAACAAGGACAGGCACCAUCUUUAGGGCAACAACAGCAAAUACUUCCUAAGCACAAGACCAAUGAGAAGCAAGAAAAGAGUGAGAAGCCACAAAAGCGCCCCUUGACCCCUUUUCACCACCGUGUAUCAAUUAGUGAUGAUAUUGGCAUGGACACAGAUUCAGCCAGCCAAAGACUUGUGAUCUCUGCUGCAGAUAGUCAAGUGAGAUUUACAAACAUCCGAACUAAUGAUGUAGCAAAGACUCCUCAGAUGCAUGGCACUGAACUGGCAAAUUCACCUCAGCCUCCCCCACUUAGUCCUCAUCCAUGUGAUGUGGUUGAUGAAGGAGUGACUAAAACGCCUUCAACUCCCCAGAGUCAACAUUUUUAUCAAAUGCCAACACCGGAUCCCUUGGUUCCUACCAAACCAAUGGAAGAUAGGAUAGACAGUUUGUCCCAGUCUUUCCCACCUCCAUUUCAGGAAGCUGUAGAACCUACCGUGUAUGUUGGUACAGCAGUAAGCUUGGAAGAAGAUGAAGCUAAUGUAGCCUGGAAGUAUUACAAAGUCCCAAAGAAAAAAGAUGUAGAAUUUUUACCACCUCAACUUCCAAAUGAUAAAUUCAAGGAUGAUCCAGUUGGACCUUUUGGACAGGAAAGUGUAACAUCAGUUACAGAGUUAAUGGUGCAGUGUAAGAAGCCUUUAAAAGUUUCUGAUGAAAUAGUCCAGCAAUAUCAAAUUAAAAAUCAGUAUCUUUCAGCAAUAGCAUCUGAUACAGAACAAGAACCUAAAAUUGAUCCAUAUGCGUUUGUUGAAGGAGAUGAGGAAUUCAUUUUUACUGAUAAAAAAGAUAGACAAAAUAGCGAGAGAGAAGCUGGGAAGAAACACAAGGUGGAAGAUGGGACAUCUGCUGUCACAGUGUUAUCUCAUGAAGAAGAUGCUAUGUCAUUAUUUAGUCCCUCUAAGCAAGAUGCUCCACGCCCUGCUAAUCAUGCCCGUCCUCCAUCAACCAGUUUGAUUUAUGACUCAGAUCUGGCUGUGUCUUAUACUGACCUUGAUAACCUCUUCAAUUCUGAUGAAGAUGAAUUAACACCUGGAUCUAAAAAAUCAGCAAGUGGAUCAGAUGAUAAAGCCAGCUCCAAAGAAUCAAAGACAGGAAGCCUGGAUCCGUUGUCUUGCAUAAGCACUGCAGACCUUCACAAAAUGUACCCCACGCCUCCUUCACUGGAGCAGCACAUUAUGGGCUUCUCUCCAAUGAACAUGAAUAACAAGGAAUACGGUAGUAUGGACCCCACACCUGGAGGAACUGUGCUGGAAGGAAGUAGCUCUAGUGUAGGAACACAGUUCAGAAUUGAGGUUGAGGAAGGGUUCUGUAGCCCUAAACCUUCUGAAAUUAAAGAUUUUUCUUACGUCUAUAAGCCUGAAAAUUGUCAAGUUCUAGUAGGUUGUUCCAUGUUUGCACCUUUAAAAACUCUACCAAGCCAUUGUCUGCCUCCUAUCAAAUUGCCGGAAGAGUGUGUUUACCGGCAGAGCUGGACUGUUGGGAAAUUGGACUUGCUUCCUUCAGGCCCUUCAAUGCCAUUCAUCAAAGAGGGUGAUGGCAGUAAUUUGGAUCAAGACUAUGGUCCUGCCUAUACACCACAAAUCCAUACAUCUUUUGGGAUGCCUCCGAGCAGUGCACCUCCUAGUAAUGGUGGCGCAGGAAUUCUUCCUUCCCCAUCCACCCCUAGGUUUCCGACUCCAAGAACUCCAAGGACUCCAAGGACUCCUCGUGGGGCUGGUGGACCUGCUAGUGCUCAAGGUUCAGUCAAGUAUGAGAAUUCAGACUUGUAUUCACCAGCUUCCACACCAUCUACAUGCAGACCCCUCAAUUCUGUUGAACCUGCAACUGUCCCUUCCAUCCCUGAAGCGCACAGUCUUUAUGUAAACCUCAUCCUUUCAGAAUCAGUAAUGAACUUGUUUAAAGACUGUAAUUUUGAUAGUUGCUGUAUUUGUGUCUGCAACAUGAAUAUCAAGGGUGCCGAUGUUGGAGUUUACAUCCCAGACCCAACGCAGGAAGCACAGUACCGGUGUACCUGUGGCUUCAGUGCUGUCAUGAACCGAAAGUUUGGAAAUAAUUCAGGAUUAUUUCUUGAAGAUGAACUUGACAUCAUAGGACGUAACACAGACUGUGGCAAAGAAGCAGAAAAACGUUUUGAAGCUCUCAGGGCUUCCUCUGUGGAAAAUGUUAAUGGAAGCCUAAAGGAAUCUGAAAAGGUGCCUGAUGAGUUGAUAUUACUGCUACAAGAUCAAUGCACUAAUUUAUUUUCACCCUUUGGAGCAGCAGACCAUGAUCCCUUUCCCAAAGCGGGUAUAAGUAGCAAUUGGGUGCGUGUUGAGGAGCGGGACUGUUGUAGUGACUGUUGUCUCGCAUUGGAACAUGGGCGUCAGUUCAUGGAUAAUAUGUCGGGAGGAAAAGUUGAUGAAGCACUUGUCAGAAGCUCAUGCUUACACCCAUGGGCCAAGCAAAAUGAUGCGAGUGUGCAGUGUUCACAGGAUAUACUUCGGAUGCUCCUUUCUCUUCAGCCAGUUCUUCAAGAUGCUAUUCAGAAAAAAAGAACAGUGAGGCCUUGGGGGGUUCAAGGUCCUCUCACAUGGCAACAAUUUCAUAAAAUGGCUGGCCGAGGCUCUUAUGGAACUGAUGAAUCUCCAGAACCACUGCCGAUUCCCACGUUUUUGUUGGGUUAUGAUUAUGAUUUUCUGGUGCUUUCUCCAUUUGCUCUCCCUUACUGGGAGAAACUUAUGCUGGAACCUUAUGGAUCUCAAAGAGAUAUAGCCUAUGUUGUACUCUGUCCAGAGAAUGAAGCUUUGUUAAAUGGAGCCAGAAGCUUUUUUAGAGAUCUCACAGCAAUAUACGAGUCCUGUCGAUUGGGCCAGCACAGACCUAUUUCUCGACUGUUGACUGAUGGCAUCAUGAAAGUGGGAGCUACUGCAUCGAAGAAACUUUCGGAGAAGUUUGUAACAGAAUGGUUUUCUCAGGCAGCUGAUGGUAACAAUGAAGCCUUUUCUAAAUUGAAGCUGUAUGCACAAGUCUGCAGAUACGAUCUAGGUCCAUAUCUUGCUUCUCAGCCGCUGGACAGUUCUCUGCUCUCCCAGCCAAAUUUAGUUGCCCCUCCAAAUCAGUCUUUGGUUACUGCACCUCAGAUGACAAAUACUGGAAACGCUAAUGCUCCAUCUGCCACCUUAGCAUCUGCGGCAAGUAGCACUAUGACACUGACUCCAGGUGUUGCCAUAUCUACUUCAGUUGCCACAGCUAAUUCAACUUUGACCACAACUUCAUCUUCAUCAUCUUCCAGUAUGAGUAGUGGAGUAUCAUCAAAUAAACUGCCUUCGUUUCCACCCUUUGGCAGUAUGAACACUAGUGGUACAGGAUCCAUGUCUGCACAAGGAAGUACGGUUCAGAGUGGCCAGCUAGGAGGACAGCAGUCAUCAUCUCUGCAGGCAGCAGGAAUAUCGGGGGAGUCGGCUUCUCUGCCCACUCAGCCACAUCCUGACGUGUCUGAAAGCACAAUGGAUCGGGAUAAAGUGGGGAUUCCCACAGAUGGUGAUUCACAUGCAAUUACCUACCCACCUGCAAUUGUUGUUUAUAUAAUUGAUCCUUUUACAUACGAGAAUAAAGAUGAGAGCACCAGCUCUUCUAAUGUAUGGACUUUGGGGCUCCUUCGAUGCUUCUUGGAAAUGCUCCAGACUCUUCCUCCUCAUAUCAAAAGUACUGUUUCUGUACAGAUUGUUCCUUGUCAGUACCUGUUACAACCUGUGAAACAUGACGACAGACAAAUCUACUCCCAGCAUUUAAAAUCUUUGGCUUUUUCGGCAUUUACCCAGUGUCGGCGACCACUUCCAACAUCAACCAAUGUCAAAACACUGACUGGGUUUGGUCCAGGCUUAGCUAUGGAAACUGCUCUUAAAAGUCCUGAUAGACCAGAGUGUAUUCGACUUUAUACGCCGCCUUUUAUUCUGGCUCCUGUGAAGGACAAACAGACAGAGCUAGGAGAAACCUUUGGCGAAGCUGGACAGAAAUACAAUGUUCUCUUUGUGGGCUACUGUUUAUCACAUGAUCAAAGAUGGAUUCUUGCAUCUUGCACAGAUCUAUAUGGAGAACUUCUAGAAACAUGUAUCAUUAACAUCGAUGUUCCAAAUAGGGCUCGUCGGAAAAAGGGUUCUGCUAGAAGAUUUGGUCUACAGAAACUUUGGGAGUGGUGCUUAGGACUUGUUCAGAUGAGCUCUUUACCAUGGAGAGUUGUAAUUGGUCGCCUGGGUAGGAUUGGACAUGGAGAAUUGAAAGACUGGAGUUGUUUGCUGAGUCGUCGAAACUUGCAGUCUCUAAGCAAAAGGCUCAAAGACAUGUGUCGGAUGUGUGGUAUAUCUGCUGCAGACUCUCCGAGUAUCCUUAGUGCUUGUUUGGUUGCAAUGGAACCUCAGGGUUCUUUUGUUAUCAUGCCAGAUUCUGUGUCAACUGGUUCUGUUUUUGGAAGAAGCACCACUCUAAAUAUGCAGACGCCCCAGCUAAACACCCCACAAGAUACAUCCUGUACUCAUAUACUUGUGUUUCCUACUUCUGCUUCUGUGCAAGUAGCCUCAGCUACUUACACCACUGAAAAUUUGGAUUUAGCUUUCAAUCCCAACAACGAUGGAGCAGAUGGAAUGGGUAUCUUUGAUUUAUUAGACACAGGAGAUGAUCUUGAUCCUGAUAUCAUUAAUAUCCUUCCUGCAUCUCCAACUACAUCUCCUGUACAUUCUCCAGGCUCUCAUUACCCCCAUGGAGGUGAUGCUGGCAAGGGUCAGGGUACUGAUCGGCUACUUUCAACAGAAUCGCACGAUGAAGUAACUAAUAUUCUUCAACAACCAUUGGCCCUUGGAUACUUUGUAUCAACUGCCAAAGCGGGUCCAUUACCUGACUGGUUCUGGUCAGCAUGUCCUCAAGCACAAUAUCAAUGCCCCCUUUUUCUUAAGGCCUCUUUGCACCUCCACGUGCCUUCAGUGCAAUCUGACGAACUGCUUCACAGUAAACACUCCCACCCACUUGACUCAAAUCAGACUUCAGAUGUCCUCAGGUUUGUUUUGGAACAGUACAAUGCACUCUCGUGGCUAACCUGUGACCCUGCAAUCCAGGACAGACGCUCAUGUCUCCCAAUUCAUUUUGUGGUGCUGAAUCAGUUAUAUAACUUUAUCAUGAAUAUGCUGUGAUCUUCGUUUGAUGGAAUUAUACAAGGAAAGAACAGGAAGAAAGGAUAUUUUGCUGCAAGAUUAAGUUACAGUUCUCAGUGGAAGUCAUUUGUGAUGGGGUCUAAUUCUUAUUACUUCAACAAAUAUUGUUUUGACUUGGGGGGCGGGGCUAUAACCCUAUUUUUCAUUGACUUUACUGAGCUCUUUAGGAUGAUGACUGAUUAUUCAAAACGUAUUAUAACACUUUCGUAGCAAAAAUUAACCUUUUUUUUUCCAGUCACAGUAUUUGUGAAAAGUAAUGAGCCAUAGUACCCAUUAAUGUUAAAGAAUAUUAAAGCAUGGAGAGGAAACAUGAGGAACAAUGAAUUCAACAUAUGGCUUUAGAACAUCAAGAUGUUCUUGUAUUGGAUAUAGUAUCUAGUAUUCAAAAAUGCCUGCAUCUCUUAUUUAUUGUAAGUUUUUAAAUGUAUAAAUUGUCUUAUAUUUCUUAACCUCUUUUAUAAAAAUUUUCCUAGAAGGUUUAUACUGCCUUCUUGCUUUAAAGCAAUUGGUCUAAAAUAUAUGUAAUCGUCUUAAUUAAAAAGUUGCAGUAGGGUUGCUUUUAGAGUAUUAUUUUUUUGUAAGGGGGUGGGUUGGACAGUAAAUUUGUAUUGUCUCAAUGUACAGUUUAACAGGGAUAGAGGGAAAUAAUGUCCAUGCCAUUGCGUGUGGAGGAUUUACAGCUAAGCUGUAGUUGCAGAGUACAUGUACAGUAAUGAAGUUCACUGUGUUUAUAAACUGAAAGGUACCGGGUCUUACAGCAUUUUAUAUAUCACACCUUUGAGGAACACGAUGGCAAUACACAUAUGUGAUAUUGUUAGGUGGGUAACUAGGAAUAAAAUGAGAAUUCUUCAGUUAUAUUUUGUACUAUGGUUUAGGGCUAUGACUAAUAUUUCAGGCCAUUUCCAGUGAAAGAAACUUAGUUUUACAAGAAAAACAUUUGCUACUGAAUGCUUAAACUAAUUUUGGUGUUUAAUGUUACAUGCUUAAAUAUUUUUCAGUUUUCACAGUGGCAUGGGGAUAUAACUAAUUAUGAAAAUUUUCUGCAGGAUCUGUUAUAAGGUUGAAAUUUAGCCCAGCUCUAGGCAUUUUACAAAUUAUUUUAAGAGCAGUCACUCUUAAUUGUUUUACUUUUUAUUUUUAAAUUAAAGAUUGGGAAUGUGUGUGAAAGUAUGCAUAUGCAUGGCAGAGAGAGAGAGAGAGAGAGAGAGAGAAUGAGAGAGAGAGAGAAUGAGAGAGAGAGAGAGAGAAAGAGAGAGAGAGAGAGAGAGAGAGAGAAAAAAUGAGAAUGAAUAUGUGUAUGUAUGUGUGUGUGCAAUCAAACUGUGGUGUAAAUAGAUCCUCAGUGAAUUCUGGUAUUCAGACUCUGUUCCACUAGUGAAUGAACCAUUUUCUAAACGUUUCCCUUUGACUUUUUUAUUUAUUGAAUUUUCUUGGUUUGGAGAUGGCAGUCCCAAACACCAGAGUCUGUACUUUUCUAUGACACAGCUCAAAUUAAAGUAGGGCACAUGCCAAGGAGGUUCUCACCUCCCUAAAGAAGGGACUUGAAUUUUAGGGACUUUAAUCCACCCCUUCCUUCAGUCCAGCUUUCCCCUUCUUGUUUGCACAUGCCAAGAUAACUGCUUUUUUGCAGGCUUUACCCCUGAAAACUCCUUUCUACAGUGCUGCUCACGAGAGCCCAGCCAGUCUCCUGCCUGCAUUGCUGACUUGAACUCACAGUCGCCUACCAAGUCUACCUAACUUUCUUGGAAGCAGUCUUUCAAAAUUCCUACUUGUAUAUUCAUUAAUUGUUGACAUGGACAAAAUCAGUUGUAUUUACAAAACUCUAACUCAGUAUGUUUUUUUUUUUUAACUGAAACCUGUUUUGUAAAUAGUAUACAUUUAAUGUUGCUUAGCAUAAAAAACACUUUCUUACAGUUAUCUUCUUUAAAUUGGGUAUAUGAAAACUUUACCAACUCUUGUUUUUCUAUAAAGAAACAGUUAAUAACAAGUUUUCAAAUUAUUCCUUCAACAUUAAUAGAACAAUCCAAAUGUUGAGCAUAUUUUGAUAUUAAACUAAAGAUCACGUUCUCUGUUUUUAAAUUAUCCUAACACCACCACAGAUUAUGUUGACGUAUUUUGUUCUGUAUUUUCUUGGUGGGACUUAAGAUUUGAGGGAAAAGAUGCUUAUUGGAAUUUCUAUUAAAAACCUAUCCUUGUUAUUUUCUUAGCUCAAUAAUGACUCAAGAAAAAUAAAAGAUUAUAAUCUCAGUUUAAAAUUACUAAUGUGUGACAACCAUACCUCAGUUUGAAAUAGAUUUAACAAGACUAUUCUCUGACAUUUUUCUUCCAUGUAGCCAUAAGCAGGGACCCAGCAUACAAUUCUUACUUGGGAAUCAGGAACUAGUCCCAAAUAUACAGAAUUGAUUCAUGGUUUGCUUUUCUCUCUCUCUCUCUCUUUCUUUCUUUCUUUCUUUCUUUCUUUCUUUCUUUCUUUCUUUCUUUCUUUCUUUCUUUCUUUCUUUUUUCCUUCCUUCCUUCCUUCCUUCCUUCCUUCCUUCCUUCCUUCCUUCCUUCCCUUCACACAUCAGUUUUUGCUCAAAUAGGAGGUUCCUAAAUAGCCAUUAGAAGAAGAAAUGAAGCCUUUCAUUCAGGAUGAUAGAUCUAACUUAUUAAUGUACAGUCAUAGUACAUUAGUCGUUUUAUUUGAGUAGGUAAACAAAAUUGUACACUUUUCCCAGUGAAUUUCCAACACCUUGACUUCCUUAUGUCAGUGCUAAUAGCCUGUUUUGUGUGCAGUUAUCCAUUCUGAAGCAGGUGAAAGGUCAGUAUUUUAGCAUUUUAAAAGAUGAGUUAUAUAAUGUCUGCUUCCAGCCAGUCUGAAACAUCUAGCCAUACCUUUCUUAUGCAAGCCAUUGAGUUAUCAGGACUGUGAAUUAACACUGUAUGAAUACAUUUCUGUACACCUUAUUGUUUGGCCAGAGGGCCACCAAGUGUACUUAUAUGUAAUCCUUGCAUUUUAAACUAGCUUGUAAUUUUUAAAUAUUUCUAAACCUUUCUUAAACCACUAAAAUUAAGCUCUUACUGCUUAGAAACUGUCCUCAGCUGUAUUCGUCCUCAAUUGUCAGUAUGGCACAGAUCACUGUAUUAAUGCUCUCUUUCAUCUUCAUAUUUACCUUCUGAGGUAAUUUUUUAACUUAAUGUGUUACUACAAAGAUUUGCAAAUCUUUAAUCAAGCACUAUGUUAAUACUGUAAUAUCAAAAUAUUAUGUCGCAUUAUUUCGAACGUUCAGAUUGAAUAGGGUAAAAGAAAGUCUUUAAAUGCUAUCGCAUCCUAGAGUCUGUUCCCACCUACUGUGGCAUUGCAUAGUAGUCUGUUGAGACAUUCAUUGUUGCUUGACUGACAUUUUGGUCUGGGUUUGCUUUUAAUAUUUUAGUUUAAUUAAAAUUAGAAAAAAUGUGUUCAACAAAUAUAUAUAUAUAUAUAUAUAUUUGUCCCAUCUUCUCCAAAUCAGUGGGAAAAGCUUGCCUUUUGGUAUUUAUUAGUGUUUUCAUGGGCCCAGAACUGUGGUUUAAAAUUUUAUAUGUAUUUUCUUUCUCUCAUUCAUUCUCAUUCUCUCUCUCUCCCUUUCUCUCUCCCUCUCCCCCCCUCUCUCUCUCUCUCUCUCUCUCUCUCUCUUUUGUGGAGUAUAAAUUAAAAAACUGGAUUUGGGACCUAAAAUACUCCUCAGGUUGAGAUAUUCUUUUAAGUUUUAAAAUAGCUUUAGUUUUUAAAGUAAACUGGAUUUGUGGACCUUAAAGUUACUGAAUUUAAAACUACAAAUUGUAACAUCAUUACUGGACAUGUCAGCAUCAACCCUCUCAGAAUAGCUUGGUCACUUUAUGAAGGGGCGUUUUUAAGUUGUUGUUUAGCAGUGACAUUUAACAUGGUCCAAUUGCUUUUCUUUUUAAUAUGACAAAUUUUAAAAAAAGAAUAAGGAACAAACACUAUUGCUGCCGAAUGCCAUAACACUGAGUUGUACAAAUUGUGAUUGAGGAAAUGAAAAAGUUUAUACUUUUUAAAAAAAAAAAACAAAAAACAAAACUUCAAAUGGAAUAAAUUAUUCAUGAAGCCUUCA